CGAUAAUUCAAGUCUAAGUUGACAGCCGUUUAUGUCGAUACCGUAGACAGUGAUCGGGGCAUGACACUUAGGUUAUUGCCGAAAGUCGAAAACAAUGGGGAGCAAUAGCAGUGUAGUCAAAUCACUACAACCAAUGAUACUCGGACUACAAGAGAGAUCUUUAGUAGACCAGGUUUACGUUACAGUUAGCUGUAACUCCAAGACUCCCUUGAGAAGAAGGGAUUUGAAGAAGAACAAAAUAAUAGAUGAACUAUCGGAAUACAAAUUUGAAUCUAACACUAACCUAUUGUUCGUAGAUUUGAUAAAUAACUUAGCCAAGAUGGAUAAAGCAUGUUUGGUAAUUAUUGAUUCUGCAGGCUGGACUACUAAUAUGAACGACUUGGAACUAUUUAUUCGGUAUGUGGCAUAUUUAUUUCCUAAACAAAGCGAUUAG